AUGACGGAGACCACACCUACUCCCCCAACCGACGGACCAUCGAUUGCCCCACCACCCAAUGGGUCGACAACUUCGCAGCCGCCUCGACACCCCUUCUACACGCUCCCAGCAGAGCUCAUCUUCGACAUCAUCGAUCUCUUACCCCCAGAUGCCUUUAUCAACUUCGCCUUCGCCAACUACCCCUUCCUCCACACGCACGGCCUCGUCCCGGCAUUGUCACAGCCGCGGGUGAACUACAUCACGAAUCAAACGCAGAUAUCGUCGAUGUUCCCGCUCCUACGCCUGCCCGCGGAGAUUCUGUUACACAUCCUGCAUAAUCUGAAGCCCAUUGACAUCAUGAGAUUUGUCGUGGCGAAUUACCAGGACCUGUCGAGGCAAGGCAUUGCGCCGCCUCUGACGGCAGAGAUGGUGAAGCAGUUGCAAGGCGCUGUUCAAUCUGACUGGGCUCCGGGAUGA